UUGAAGAGCGUUCCACCCUGCGUUCGUAGUACUUAGAGUUGUUGAAUCAGCAUUCCAGAUUCUUGCACGAUAUCCUACCCCAUUUCAGGAUUGUCCCUCAGCCUCGUCAGGAUAGUCGCGCAAAUUUAAUUUAAGAACUUCUCCACCUCAAACAAAGCACACUCAUACCACGAUCAUCUUGCGACCUCGCUCGUAGACAACAAGAUGGCAGCGAGCAUUCCCGUUCCGAAGCCUGGUGAGGGCGAACCUAUCGUCUUCUUCGAUGUCACCCUUGGUGGCGAACCGCUAGGCCGGAUCAAAAUGCACCUCUUCGCCAACACCGUACCCAAAACCGCCGAGAAUUUCCGUCAAUUCUGCACCGGUGAGCACAAAGUGAACGGCCGCCCUCAAGGCUACAAAGGCAGCAAAUUUCAUCGUGUGAUCAAAAACUUCAUGAUCCAAGGUGGAGACUUCCUACACUCUGACGGCACAGGUAGCACGAGUAUAUACAACAACACCGCAUUUCCCGACGAGUCGUUUCAGCACAAGCAUACACGUCCUGGUCUACUAUCAAUGGCAAAUUCCGGUCCCAACACGAAUGGGUGCCAGUUCUUCAUCACAGCCGCGCCCACACCCUUUUUGGAUAACAAGCACGUCGUGUUCGGGCAAGUUGCGGACGAGGAGAGUAUGGGGGUGGUCAAAAUGAUCGAAAAUACUAGGACCGCUGGCCCAGGUGGACGAGGGCAGGGAGAACGCCCGGUGUUGGAUGUCAGGAUUGCGGAAAGUGGAGAGAUGUAGAAGAAGGCACGCGACCAGGUCGAAUUGUGGUGCAACUUGACGAAGAGAUUUAUGGCAUGUUUCGGCAUCAAAUCAGGACCAUCAUAAAGUUUCAUGAUGCGAUGCGACAUCUCAUCAUGUUCACGCCCGAAGCCUCAGGCCAUUCUCGCACUGGGGCCAGCGUUUGCCCAGGACCGCCGCGCGCAGCCAAGAUACCCUAAUGUCGCCUUAUUGUCAGGUGUUGCUCGUGCUCAUGUACUGUGCGAGGUGAGCGCUUUGGAAGUGAGGCUGAGAGCCUCUGAAGAUUUGCUGGCAGUGCAUCUGGCAAACCCUAUCGACCAAUACAGGGCAGGGCAGUCAGCGG